AUGAAAAGCAAAAGUGAUGCAAUAGUUGUUGUACCAACACCCUUUAGUAAUAGCAAUUAAUAUUGGAUUAGACUCUAUUAAAGCAUUUGCCCUCUUCAAAAACUAUUGGAUUAUUGCAGAUUUAAAAUACCUUUACUAAAUGUCUAAAAAUGCAUAAAAAUUGAUCAACAAAUUAGAAAUUGAAGAAACCUAAUACAUAUAUACAACCUCAGAUAAAAUAAUCGUUUAAACUAAAGAAGGAUGGAUUCACAUAGUAAAUGAAGACUUUUCAAGAUAGAAUUAGUUCCAUUUGAAUAUAUUUAGUUUCUGUAGAUUAUGCUUAAUUCAAGAUCUUCUUUUUUCCAUUAACUCUAAUUUAUUAGAAGCCAGAAACAUCAACAGUCUUGAUAUUGAAUUUUAUGAAUAUUAAUCUGAAAUAUUUUGUACAUCUAUUAAAGUAAUUGAUUCAGAAUUUGACUAAUUUAUAGUAAUUGUGCUAGACAAUGGAAUUAUUGAUGUCUUAAAAAAUAAAACAUAAAUACAUAGAUAUUAGUUAAGUUAAAAUAAACAAAAUCCUAUUUUUGUCUAUGAUUGCAUUCCACUAAUGCAGAAUAAUGAAUUAGUUAUUGCAGCUUCAACAAAUUAACAAUCAAUAAUCAUUUUGAAAAAUUAGGUUUAAUAAUAAACCUUAGAAUUGAGUUUCAAUCCAACAACUAUUUUCACAUAUUCGAAAACUGAAUUAAGUCCGUUAAUAGCAUUUAAUAAAAAUAAGUUUGCUCUUAUUGCAAAUAAGGAAAUAUGUAAAUUUAAUUUUACAGAUAUAACUAACUAUUACUAUGAAAAAUAUUGUUAUUUGAGCACAAAUGAGUAAAUAAUUCUGAUUGAUUUUGAUUAUUUAAAGAAAUGA